AUGACUCCUUCACUGCUUACGGCGCAAAGCUGCGUCGGCCAGAUUCAUCUGGUCCUGGGGACCGGCCCGCUUGCGGCUUCGAGGUGCGCGAAAUCACUCGAGGUCGGCGCCCGCCCUGUCAUUGUCGCGCCGGGCACCACAGACCUUCACUUCACUUUAGCCAAGGCAGUCGAUGACGGGAAUGUACUUUGGAUACAACGAGACUUUGAAGAGCAGGACUUAAGGACACUGGGAAGAGAAGAAGUCGAUGGGUUUGUCGACGCCGUUUUCAUUACAUGGUCUGCGAAACAUCCUCAAAGCAGCCACAUAUCCAACCUUUGCAGACGCUUGCGGAUACCAGUGAACGUGGUCGAUGCACCUGCACUUUGCACCUUUACAUUACUGUCGACAUAUUCCGAUGGACCGUUGCAAAUUGGCAUAACGACGUCCGGGAAUGGCUGCAAGUUGUCGUCGCGCAUUCGAAGGGAAAUCGCCUCCAGUCUCCCACCAAAAUUUGGUACUGCAGUUGAACGACUUGGAGCCAUGAGAAGGCGAAUAUGGGAAGAAGAUUGCAGACUCAAUGCGGCAAAUGGGAACGAGGCCAUGGACGCGGAUGUUGGAGACGACGAGUCUUCGGCGCAGAAACAUACAUUCAACUCACUAGUCAAGGAGGACGACCAGGAUCCGGCUACGCUGCGCACUCGUCGCAUGAGAUGGCUGUCUCAGAUAUGCGAGUACUGGCCUCUUAGCCGCCUCGCUGCCAUCACGGAUGCAGAUGUUGCGGCCGUUCUUGAAGCUUACCGCUCACCCGGUCAAGCGUCUGCUCCUGGCUCAGCCUCUACGGACCAUAUGCCACUCAGUCGAGACUCUCGAAAAGGUACCAUUACUUUGGCCGGUUCGGGACCUGGCCAUCCCUCUUUACUCACGAUUGCGACCCUGGCGGCCAUCCAAACGGCGCAUUUCAUUCUGGCCGAUAAGCUUGUGCCGGCGGAGAUCCUCGCGCUCAUCCCACGGAGAACCCCCGUCCAUAUUGCAAGAAAAUUUCCCGGAAACGCAGAUGCGGCUCAGGAGGAACUUCUCCAGCUGGGUCUUGAUGCAAUGAAACAAGGCAAAGAUGUCCUGCGCCUGAAGCAGGGAGACCCGUACCUGUACGGUCGCGGAGCCGAAGAAGUCUCGUUCUUCCGCGACCGUGGAUAUGAAGUCAGAGUAAUUCCUGGAAUCACCAGUGCGUUGUCGGCACCGCUUUUCGCAGAGAUACCGGUCACCCACCGCGCAGUCGCGGAUCAAGUGGUCAUCUGUACUGGCACAGGGAGGAAGGGCGCCGCUCCAGAGCCGCCGUCAUACAGAAAGAGCAAGACGGUAGUGUUCUUGAUGGCCUUGCACAGACUGGAGGGCUUAGUCAACAGUCUGACGAGAAACGCCGAGGAAGAGCAAGAUCAAGCAACGCGGAAGCGGGAGUUGUGGCCGUCGAGUACGCCAUGCGCGGUGAUCGAACGAGCGAGUUGCCCAGACCAAAGAGUGAUCCGGUCAACUUUGGAACAUGUCUGCCAAGCUGUUGAGACGGAAGGGUCCAGACCUCCGGGGCUUUUGGUGGUCGGGCAUGCUUGCGAGGUGUUGCACAAACUAAGCGAGGGACAGCGCUGGUCUGUCGAGGAAGGGUUUCGAGGUCUCGAAACGACAGAAUCUACCGGCGAAGGAUUGCAAAUUCUGAGGGAGAUCGAGGUCUCUUCGUGCAAGGAUGGUGUGAGAACAGUUGGAUCAGAUCUUGCGCCGGUUCAGAUUUCAGUAUAG